AUCUUAUUCUCCCCCGAUGGGGGUCAAUCACCCUCUCUCCUAGUAAAGGUUGACCGCGGCCUUGAAGACGAACCCGAUGCGACUCAGUUCGGCCAACGCCACUCCGUAAGUGUUAUCACCUUGCGCAGCUUAUCAGAUUGACAUCCCAGCCAGCCCGAAUCCGACGAGUCACAACGUCUCGGACAAAUGACAGAAAUCGGUCAGAAUCUCCUCGCAUGCUAUCGCCGCACUCGUUGCAUCUCAGACUAUCACGCAGCCACGGAACAGCUGCGCAUCACGCUUGAUUAUUGUGGCCGUGAUCACCCUGACCGUGCAGCGGCAUUAACAAAUUUAGCGGAUGCUCUUGCUUGUCACCCACACAUUGAAGAAAGUGAUAAUGCCAUCAACACCCCUAUCUUGCUGUAUCAGGAGGCGCUGGAGCUACGACAAUCGGGGCACCCAGACCAUUCCUUGGCGCUGCUGAAGCUCGGACUCGCUUUGCUAUACCGUUUCCAGCUGAGGAGAAAUCCUGCGGAUGUAAUGGAAGGACAAGACCUGCUGAAUCGUGCACAACGUGUCUGUUCGGACGACAACCCCGGUAUCGAACCCGUAAUUGGCACAAUCAGGAGCGCCACUCCCACUACUACUUCAAGCAUUCACCGCUCUUUGCCGGUGCCUCCGUCACCCCCUUCACCGCUUUCACGAAUGUCGAUGAACUCCGCAGUCUCACAGCCUCAUUUAUUCCCAGAAGCACUGGGACACAGUGCUGACAUAUCAACACGUUCUGCUCCGGUGUCGAUGAGAAGCAUGAACGGUGAAUCACUGCUACAGCAUGGACAUGCAGAACAAUUCGGAGAUGAGAAAGAGUUUGCCGCAGAUGAAACCGAUGCACCAUCGCCAGCCUGUCAGCACACACAUCCUCGCUUGCAAUCGGGAACUCUAUAUACAAACUCUGUUACGAGGCCCCCUCAACUACUCCCAGGAAGUCCACGCAGAGAAUGUAGCACGAAGCUGCUGGCCCCUGAUGUCGAAAUGCGGGUGAUACAGCCACAGCAGGCUAUUAAAUCUAUUUCAUCACCGCUCACACCUCACUCGUUGCUUCCCUUGUCGGUACCAGCUGCUCAGGCCCCCAAUUUGUUCGUCUCUAACUUUCGUAUAGCACUGAUUGUUGCUGUCGUGUCUCUCUCCAUUCUCCUUUUGAUGACACGUCCAUUGGAUGGGCUAUGGUUUUGAUUAAUCUUAUUGUCGCUACCUGCAUCCACAUCUGUAAUACUGGGACUUUGCAUAGAAUCUGUACAAAAUUUGUAGCAUCACACUGUAUUUUCGUUAUGACUUACCUCGCAUUGCACCUAUCUAUUCAUUG